AUGGCGUUCGUGCCGAAGAAGGUAGCUGAGCAGGAGCUCAUCUACGCCAAUGUCGUCGGAGUCAGCUACAGAGACUUUGCUCCCCGCAAAGAAGUCGCCGAAUGCGACGUAGUCCUCCGCGUCCAAGAUCCCAUCCGACGAUCCGUCUCCGAGUACGUUGUCAGAGCCUGGCCCCGACCCGACAUCGAGUCUGGCGCCGUUUGUCUUUCCAACCACCAGAGGCAGUGGCUGAAGAUCGCUCUCACCGACCGUUUCGACGCCGAACCCUUCAAUGCCGCCCAGCGAGGUGUUCCGCCCUUGCUGGCCAUGGACCUUGAGCUGUCCUGGGCCUCUGCCAAGAUCGACCCCAACUACAUGUUCAACUACCAGCGCAUCCAGAACCUGGUCUACCAACAGUUCAUCAGCUUUAUUGUGGCCCCGGGACAGCCCUUCCUUGCAGACAUCGAGUCCCGGAAGAUCAUGAUGACCGUCAAGUCCGUUACCCUGCCUGGCCGCAGCAAGGCCGACGCCCCAAUUACCACGAGCGACCCCCGAGCUCGCGGAAUCAUCACCCAGGAGACCAUGAUGAGCCUCUUCAAGGACUCCAACUCUCCCAUGAAGCUCGAGGUUGCCGAUCACCAGCAGCAUUCCGAGCCCAUCAUCUCCCCCGAUUUCAAGUUUGAGGAUAUGGGUAUCGGUGGUCUUCAUGACGAGUUCUCCACCAUUUUCCGCAGAGCUUUUGCUUCGCGCGUCUUCCCUCCGGCUCUUGUCCAGAAGCUUGGCAUUCAGCACGUCAAGGGUAUCCUGCUGUAUGGUCCCCCGGGAACGGGAAAGACGCUUAUUGCCAGACAAAUCGGCAAGAUGCUAAACGCCCGCGAGCCAAAGAUUAUCAACGGUCCCGAAGUUCUCAACAAGUUUGUCGGUCAGUCUGAAGAAAACAUCCGAAAGAUGUUUGCGGAUGCCGAGAAGGAGUACAAGGAGAAGGGUGACCAGAGUGGACUUCACAUCAUUAUCUUCGACGAGUUGGACGCUGUCUGCAAACAGAGAGGUUCCGGCGCUGGAGGCGGCACUGGCGUUGGUGACAGUGUGGUUAACCAGCUUCUUACCAAGCUCGACGGUGUGGACCAGCUUAACAACAUUCUCCUCAUCGGUAUGACCAACAGAAAGGACAUGAUCGACGAGGCUCUUCUGCGUCCGGGUCGUCUGGAGGUUCAGCUCGAGAUCAGCUUGCCGAAUGAGGAGGGCCGCAAGGAGAUUUUCAUGAUUCACACAGCAAAGAUGCGCGACAACAACAUUAUGGACCCCAACGUCAAUCUCGAUUCCCUCGCGGCCCAAACAAAGAACUACUCUGGUGCCGAGAUUUCUGGUGUCGUAAAGGCUGCGACGUCGUUCGCCUUCAACCGACACACUGAAGUCGGCAACAGCGCCAAGAUGAAGGGAGACGUCGCAUCAAUGAAGAUUACCAUGGGAGACUUCGAAAACGCCUUGACGGAAGUGAGGCCUGCGUACGGCGUUUCUGAGGAUGAGCUGUCUAAUGCUUUGGCCAUGGGCAUUCUCCACUACAACGAAAAUAUUCCGGCAAUUAUUCGCACCAUCAAGGGCUAUAUCGAUACCGUCAAGGAGUCAGACGUCCUCACAAGGAUACCAGUACUUCUCCACGGUCCUCCCGAGUCAGGAAAGACUGCGUUGGCAGCCCACACUGCCUCGAUGUCGGACUUCCCCUUCGUCAAGCUGGUUUCUCCCCAGCAUUUGACCGCGUACCGAGACGAGUUUGGAAAGAAGGAUUACCUGACCAAGGUUUUCACGGACGCUUACAAGUCAGAAAAGAGUAUCGUCAUUCUAGACAACUUUGAGCAGUUGAUCGAGUGGAACCCCAUUGGACCUCGUUUCUCCAACUCCAUUUUGGACCGAAUCAUCUCCCUGAUCCAGACUCAGCCACCAAAGGGGCGUCGUAUUCUCGUUAUGGUCACCACGUCGGAGCGUUUCGUCCUUGGAAACUUGGGUAUCCUGAAGCACUUCCGUCGUCAAGUGCCUGUACCUGCCAUCUCUGACGUCCGCGAGCUCGCACAAGUGAUGGGACAAACUCGCAAGUUCCACUCGAGCGACAUCCAGCAACUCAUUUCCAACCUGCAAAACGAUACCAGGUCAGACAAGGUUGGACUGGGUAUCAAGACUAUCCUCGAGUCAAUCGAAGAAUCGAAGAUCGAGGCUGCAUCGGAAGGUAUCAACAUGCUGGACAGUCUGGCCGCAAAACUUUCUUCGGCCAUUUCCUCCAACGCUUUGGACGCGCAGUAA